AGAGCAGCGGGCACUGGCCCUGGAUCCGCGGGGCCAAAGGGAACUGUCCCGGUGAAGGUCGCGGCGGCCAGGCCCAGUCCCACCGCCAGCCUCUGGCACUGGUCUGAGGAUGGGGGAGCUGGGCCCGGCCCGGAAGCUCUUGGGACCUGGGGAUGGGGGUGCGGGCCCAGCUGGGACUGGCCAGUUGGAGAAGCAGCAGCCUAGGAGAGGCGUGGGAGAGCGACACCAGCAGAGAAAAACACAGACAGCACGGAAAGACAGAGACUGAAACAGGGAGAAACAGAGACCAAGAGAUAGGCAGGGUGAGACUCUGAGAGACGCGACGAGAGAGACACACACAGUGAAAGAGACAGUCAUUCUUUCAGUCACUCGGCAGGCACAUAUUGGGCACUGGCCGUGUUCCUUGCAGUACCCACGACAGACACAAAGCCCUGUCCCCGUGGAGCUGACAGGCUGGUGCAGACGCAGCCCAGAAACACGGCCGCGGGGACAGCGCGCGCGGGGGAUGGCCAGCCUGACGCCGCACCCCACCUCUCUGCAGCCUUGGGGUGGGCGGCCCAUGGAGCCCGGGCUGCUGCGGCCGGCGCCGGUGAGCGAAGUCAUCGUCCUGCAUUACAACUACACCGGCAAGCUCCGAGGCGCUCGCUACCAGCCUGGCGCGGGACUGCGCGCCGACGCCGUCGUGUGCCUGGCAGUGUGCGCGCUCAUCGUGCUGGAGAACUUGGCCGUGCUGCUCGUGCUCGGGCGCCACCCUCGCUUUCACGCGCCCAUGUUCCUGCUCUUGGGAAGUCUCACGCUGUCUGACCUGCUGGCAGGCGCCGCUUAUGCCGCCAACAUACUACUGUCCGGGCCACUUACGCUGCGUCUGUCGCCGGCGCUUUGGUUCGCGCGCGAAGGCGGCGUCUUCGUGGCGCUCGCUGCGUCCGUGCUGAGUCUCCUGGCCAUCGCGCUCGAGCGCCGCUUCACCAUGGCGCACCGGGGACCCGCGCCCGCCGCCCGUCGGGGGCGCACGUUGGCGCUGGCGGCCGCCGCCUGGGGCGCGUCGCUGCUCAUCGGGCUGUUGCCGGGGCUCGGUUGGAACUGCCUGGGCCGCCUAGACUCCUGCUCCACAGUGCUGCCCCUCUACGCCAAGGCCUACGUGCUCUUCUGCGUGGUCGCGUUCGUCAGCAUCCUGGCCGCCAUCUGUGUGCUCUAUGCGCGCAUCUACUGCCAGGUGCGCGCUAACUCGCGGCGCCUGCGGGCGCGACCCGGGGCUAGCGGGGGCGCCUCGGACCGGGCGCGUCGCACGCCGCGCACGCUGGCGCUGCUGCGCACGCUCAGCGUGGUGCUCCUGGCCUUCGUGGCGUGCUGGGGUCCCCUCUUCCUACUGUUGCUGCUCGACGUGGCAUGCCCGGCGCGCGCCUGCCCAGUGCUCCUGCAGGCUGACCCCUUCCUGGGCCUGGCCAUGGCCAAUUCGCUUCUGAAUCCCAUUAUCUACACGUUCACCAACAGCGACCUGCGCCACGCGCUCCUGCGUCUCGUCUGUUGCGGCCGUCGCCCCUGUGGCCUAGGCCAGGGUGAUUCCAGGCGGCCCGGGAGCGAGGCUGGGGCUUCCGGCGGCCUGCGCCAAUGGCUGCCUCCCUGCACUGAUGGCAGCUCCAGCCACUCUGAGCGCUCGUCGCCCCGACGGGAUGGGCUGGACACCAGCGGCUCCAUUGGCAGCCCCGGCGCACCCAUGGGUGCCCAGACCCUGGUGCCCAUGCCCACUGCAGACUGAUGCCUCAGGCCCGCCAUUGCCUUCCCUAAGAGCUAUUUUGCAGACUUUUUUGCUUUAAAUAAAGGAACCUGUAGGAAACGCAGCCGAAGACACAGGGCAGAUAUAUUAAUUGAAGUCAAACCCUAUUUAUUGAGUGCCUACUGUGUGCCAAGCUCUAUAUUAGUCACUAGGGACACAGCAGUGAACAAAACAGACUACAUCUUGCCUUUGUGGUACUGAAACUCUGGUCCAGGAAGAAAUAAACGCGAUAAUUCCAGUAAUAAUACAAUCAUGGUGUCAGUGAUGGUGGUCACCUGAACAAAGGGCACUUCAGGAGGAAGGAAUUGCAGGUGCAAAGGCCCUGAGGCUGUUGUGUUCAAUGAAAAGCAAGGAUCCUGGUGUGUCUGACAGAGAGUUGGUGGGGGAGUGCAGGAGGAGGCAAGGGAACAGAUUGUGUAGGGUCUUGUGGGGGAAGGGGAGGACUUUGGUUUUGCUCUAAAUGAGAUGGCAACCAUGGAGGGUUCUGAACAGAGGAGCCAGGUGACCUCGCUCGGGUGUUCACAGGCUCCCUCUGGCCACUGUGGAGACAGGCUGUGGGGAAUGAGGUGAUGGUGCUGGCCCAGGAAAGCCAUGAUAGGAACACCAACCAGGCUCAGACCAAGCGGUUACCGUACAGAUUUUGGAGGCAGUGAACAAAAUUACCAAGGAAUUGGGUAUGGGGUGAAGGAAAGAAAGAAAUCAAGGAUGACUCCCCACUUUAGAGGCAAGGAAGCCAGGGACAGGGCACCCCAAAAUUUGAGAGAUUCAGCCAAAUCCUGUCUGAGCACAAAAUUUUCUUGAGUGCAGUGUCGAUCCCUCAUUAUAAAAAAAAUAAUAAUAAAUUUAAAGUUAAUAACAUUUACAGUUUAUUGACGGCACUGGGCUUUUUGGUUUAGUCGCCUUAACAAAUCCUAGGCUGAGGACACACAUUUGGUUUUUUUCUCACCCUCACAGCAACUUUGCAAGGUAGAUUUUGUCACCUCCAUUUGACAGAUGAGGAAACUGAGGCUCCAAGCAGUGAGCACCUUGCUGCAGUGUUUUCAGCCGGGAUUCCAGCCCAGGCAGUCAGGCUCCCAGGCCCAGGGGGCCUCAGGUCUAGCGUCUGGCUCCUCCCGACGAUCCCAACCGACACUCCCAAACCCCAGGGGUCUGCAUUCUCAGCCAGGGGUACUACCAGGCCCCUUUGUGCCCAUAAAAGGCUCCAGGCACGCUGGCCACAGCCCCGGCACGUCCCGAGGAGCAUUCCUGACCCCUGAGUUGUCGGCGGCCGGGGGAGGGGUGGGGGGCGUCGGGUUUUCACUGUGGUGUGCCACCUGGUGGGAGGUCUCGGAACUGCAGGCAGCCAGACGGCGGUGUUUUUGCAGGGCCGGGGGCCUGUCCUGGGGACCGUCUCCGCGGGCCAUACCUGGGCCGCCCCCUGAAGGUUACACGCCUGAGAAACCAACCUGUUUCUUGAAAUAUACAUACACAAGCUUGGGGGUCACGGUCCCAGGACGCUUCUGGGACUGGACCCAAUUCCACCCUUGCCCUAGUGCCCCUAGUCCGGACGCUCUUCUAAACUUCCAAGGGAGUCUGGGGCCUUCCCAGACAUUUCACCCCAUUGUUCGAUGGCGAGAUGGUAGGGGACUUAUUGAAUUGUUUACAUCUCACAAAAUUGAAAAACAAACAAAAAAAACACCCAUUUCCCUUUCCUGGAUUCGAUCUUGGGAAACUUCCAGAGCUGUCUGUGAAUAAAUAAGCUGAAAGGAGUUUUGACCAUGUAAUAAUAGGUCUUGGAGAUUGUUGCACGUAUGCACAUUUUAUUCUGCUUUGUUCUUAUAUCUUUUUUUUUUUCAGUUAAACAUUCAUAGAGUAAAUGUCUAAAUGUCUUGCUCCUUUUAACCGAUUGCAUAGUAUUUCACAGCAUGGCUGUAAAAGAAAAGCUGUGCCCAUCACUUAUUAAGCCACGUCCCCAUGGAGUGACAUUUGGGUUGAGUCCAAUCCACACUAUACACAGGGCUGCAAUAAACCUCCCUGGACAUACAUCCUCCUGCACGCGUAUCAGUGUAUCUUGGAUAAAUCCCUACGAAUGGCACUGCUGGGUCACAGGGCGUGAAGGUUUGAUUUAUAGAUAGGCAAGGUUGCCUUGGGGCACGUGCGAGGAGGGUGCGUGUUUCCCCACAGCCUGGGCACUCAGCGUAUUCGCCGACUAUGAAACAGCGCUCCCCACCCCCGCCGCCCCGGAGAGGAUAGGGACUGUAGUUUCACGCAAAGGGGUUGGGGGGGAAACCCCACACCAAUUUCGGGCACCAGUUUAAUUUCAGAUCCUGGUGGCUUACGGAAUCCUUUCGUAGACCAACAGCUCUUCAUUUCAGCGUCUCCCCAAACUUCAUCCCCUUCUAUUACUUAGUUUUCAUUUAGAUGGACUCCUUUUAAACUAAACUUAAACACAUUUAUUUAAAAGUUAACUUUAUAUCAUAAACGGUGCAAAUGGCUGUUUCAGUUAUCUAGUGCUGCUAUAACAGAAAUAGCACAGUGGGUGUCUUUAACAAACAGAAAUUAAUUUUCUCACAGUUUAGGAGGCUAGGAGUCCAAAUUCAGGGUGCCGGCUCUUGGAAACCCUGGUGGCCUAGUGGUUAAGUGCUACAGUGCUAACCAAAGGGUUGGCAGUUCGAAUCCUCCAGUCGCUCCUAGGAAACUCUAUGGGGCAGCUCUACCCUGUCCUAUAGGGUCACUGUAAGUCUGAAUGUACUCGACGGCACUGGGUUUGGUUUGCUUUGGCUCUAGGGGAAGGCUUUCUCUCUGUGUAGGCUCUGGAAGAAGGUCUUCGUCUUUUCUGAGCUUCCUGGGUGAUCUUCAUGUAGCUUGGCAUCUCUCUUUCCUUUUCUGCUUGGUUGUUUAGUAUCUCAAAAGAGACUGACUCAAGACACACUCUACACUAAUCCUGCUCAUUAACAUAACAAAGACAACCCAUUCCCAAAUGGGUUAUAACCGCUAGCAUAAGAGGUUAAGCUUUGCAACACGUAUUUUUGGAGGACACAAUUCAAUCCGUGAUAGUGGCAAAUCAGUAUCCCUUGCCAUGAAAAAUAAUUGUUCAUAUCUAUUGGGCGCUCGCCUUCGCAUUUAGUCCUUACAACAACCUAGCCGGUAAAAGGUCCUAUUAUUUUACCAUUUUACAGGCAGGAAACUAAGAGCUGCGGGAGGCAGAGCCGGGGUUUGAACUCCGGCAGGUGAGCUUCACGCGUCUCUUAAUCAGAGGUAAUAAAUAAAGACAACAAAAUCCCAACUAUGCAGGUAAUUCUGGCGGGAUCCUGCGUGCGCCAGAAUGCGAGGCCUGUGCCGUGUGCAGUUACAGGGAGAGGAGCAGGUCGCGGACAGCAACCCUGCGCUGGGACGCUCUGGCCACGAACUCAGGAUGGAGCAACAGCGCUCAGGGGGAAUGGUCCCGGCGGGCCCGGAGCCCCGCUGGCCUCGGAUGGGCGCCCCGCACCUGAGGGAAGGGCGGGGAA